AUGGCGCCAAAAGAACCAUCAAAUCCUGAAGAAGAAAGUGUCGACCCAUCCAGUGGCUCCAAAGAUAGGGAAAAUCCAUGCUAUUCACAUUCAGGUUUCAUCUUGAGAGGAGGUAAAUCCGAUGCCGAAGCUGAUAACAUGCUCAGCGUGAAGAAGAGAGCCAAGGGACCAAGUAGGCUAAUAAAGUACGCAAGGAUCCUGACAAACUUAAAGAGGCCUGCAAGUGUUUUCUCCGUUAUGCUAGAACGGAGGCUUGCAAGUGCUUUCGUUAAGCGAGAACGGAGACCUGCUUCCUUUGUAAAGCGAGCACAGAGCCUUGCCAAUGAUCCUGACAAACCUAAGAGGCCUGCAAGUGCUUUCGUCCUUUUCAUUGAAGAGUUGAAGAAACAGUUCAUGAAGGAGAAACCAAAAGCCAAGUGGAAACAGUUGUCAGAUGUUGACAGAGCUCCUUACAUAACAGAGACAGAGAAACCGAAGGCCGAAUAUCAAAAGAACAUGGAUCUUUAUAACAGGCGAGUGGCUGCUGGAUCUAUGGAAGAAGAGGAAUAUCAUAAGUAUUGGUCCAAGGUUGACGAGGAAGAGGAGGAUGACGACUGA